AUGACAGUAGUGCAUCCAGAUACCUCUAAUUAUCCCUUCAAGUUCGAGCCCUUCCUGCGGCAAGAAUAUUCGUUUUCCUUGGAUCCAGAUCGGCCCGUAUGCGAAUUCUACAACCCACGCGAGGGCCCAUCCUCAUGCCCGCGAGGCAACCUAUGCCCCAACAAGCACGUUCUCCCAAUUUUCCACAACAAAAUCGUAUGCAAGCACUGGCUACGCGGCUUGUGUAAGAAGAAUGACCAGUGCGAAUACCUCCAUGAGUACAACCUGCGUAAGAUGCCUGAAUGUGUGUUCUUCUCGAAGAACGGAUACUGCACGCAAUCGCCGGAGUGCCAGUACCUCCAUAUCGACCCACAGUCGAAGGUACAAGAGUGUGAGGAGUACAACAUGGGCUUCUGCAACGCAGGACCUCAGUGCAAGAAGCGUCACGUUCGCAAGGUUCUGUGCCAGCGCUAUCUCACAGGAUUUUGCCCACUGGGGCGCGCCGGCUGCGACAUGGAGCAUCCGGCGUUCGUGAUACCAAACGAGCUAAGCAAGCUGCGCAUCAAGAAAGAUAACGAGAUCAACACCAAGAAGCUCGACGAGGAAAAAGAGCGUCGUCUCAAUGCCAUCAUCAACGGCGAACUGGUCGUGUAA